CCUCUUUUGUUUUUUGUUUUGAUUCUAUGGACUUUGUUGCUUUAAUCUGCUUCCUUUGCUUGGAUACUUGUGAGUUCGUUCGCGCUUCUGCCUAGGUGCUUUUGCUUCUGUUGAUUUGUAUUAUUUGAUAUCUUCGAUGCGCUGCUUCUUUCGUAUCUGCCACUGUGCAAGAGGAGUGUGAUUUCGCGUUCAAUGCUUUCUGCUAUUUCUUUCCUUAAUCGGUGUCAUUCAAUUGGAGCGGAAUGGAAUGCGGAAGCGCUUCAUUACUACUCUGUUUUCUCGUUUUUGGAAGCAGAAGAGGUUUUUCCGAUAUUUGGACUAGACGUCGACGUUAAUUAUUUUCCAGUUCAACUACAGUUAUCAUCUGGCACUAUUUGUUAACCCUGUUCAAUGGAUGAUGUGAAGUUAACUGAUCAUACAUCUUCUUCACAAUCCUCGUUAAUUUCCCAAGAUGGUAGUCAUUCUCUUGAUGAAAAUCCAAACUUCCUAGUUAACAAUGGAAUUCUGGAUAAGAGCCAAGUUCUCUCAAAUUCUGUUGCUAAUGGAAAAUUGGAAGGUAAAAUUGAAUGCUCUCCGAGCCCAGUUGAUGGAACUGUGCGAUCUGAAAGUCCACGUCAAAUAUCAGAAAAUUCAAUAUUGCCUGCCGUAGAAGAUGCUUCUAGUGAUGCAAAUAUGAAGCAAGAUAAACUUAUUGCAUCCAAUAAUUCAGGUCUGAGUUCAACAGUUCCAGAUGAUAGAUUUGAGGAACACAAUCCAAAUACCUUUGUGGAAGACCCCGCAACUCAGUCUGUAGAAGAUAUGCCAGAGAAACGUCGUCAGGAACAAUCUACAGUCCAUAAUGACUCUGCUAAUGAUGUCAUUGUGCCAUCUGUUUUCUCUUCAGUUGAGGAUACGACUGUCAAACUUCCUCAGGGAAAAUCACCAGUCCAUUGUGAUUCUGCUGCUACUAAUGAGGUCAUGAUACCAUCUGUUUUCUCUUCAGUUGAGGAUAUGCCUGAGAAACUUCCUCAGGAACAAUCUCCAGUCCAUAGUGAAUCUGCUACUGUCAAUGAUGUCUUUAUGCCAUCUGUUUUCUCUUCUGAGGCAGUGGUUAUAAUGAAUGAAGGUGUUGUACAAUUAGACGGGCUUGCAGAGGGCGAGAGAGUUCCCGGUGGAAAAACUGAAUCUGUUGAUUCUCCAAAAGAUGUGAAGCAAAGUGAUAUUAAGAAGCGCCUUAUUGAUACUGCUGCACCAUUUGAAUCAGUUAAAGAAGCUGUUUCGAAGUAUGGUGGGAUUGUUGAUUGGAAAGCUCAUCAUAUCCAAACAGUUGAGAGACGCAAACUUGUGGAGCAAGAACUGGAGAAAUUACAUGAGGAGGUUCCUGAAUACAGGAGACUGUCGGAGGCUGCUGAAGACGAAAAAAAGAAAGUUCUAAAGGAGCUGGAUACCACUAAGCGACUGAUAGAAGAUCUGAAGCUUAAUCUUGAGAGGGCACAAACAGAAGAGCGUCAGGCCAGGCAAGACUCUGAACUUGCGAAACUCAGGGUUGAAGAAAUGGAGCAAGGCAUUGCUGAAGAGUCUAGUGUAGCAGCCAAGGUGCAGCUUGAGGUUGCUAAAGCCAGGCACAUAGCUGCAGUUACAGAGCUUAAAUCUGUCAAAGAGGAGUUGGAAGCACUUUGCAGAGAGUUUGCUUCUUUGGUCCCAGAAAAGAACGCAGCAAUAGCUAAAGCAGAAGAUGCUGUUGCUACAUCCAAGGAUGUUGAGAAGGCAGUGGAAGAUCUAACUAUUGAGCUUAUGACCUGCAAGGAGGCAUUAGAGUCUGCGCAUGCAGCUCAUUUGGAGGCAGAGGAGCAAAGAGUUGGUGCAGCUAUGGCCAAAGAGCAAGAUUCUCUUAACUGGGAGAAAGAGUUGAGGCGGGCCGAAGAGGAGCUUGAGAGUCUUAAUCAGAAAAUUAGUUCGGAAAAGGAUCUGAAAUCAAAACUGGACACUGCCUCAGAUUUGCUAAUAAAUUUAAAAGUUGCAUUAGCAGAUUAUAUGAAAUCAAAACUUGAAGAGGAGCCGGAGGAUCCUGGAAAGAAAACACAUAUGGAUAUACAAGCAGCUCUUGCUUCAUCGAGACAGCAACUUGAGGAAGUGAAACUCGACAUCGAGAAAGCAACUUCUGAAAUAAACUGUCUGAAGGUGGCCGCAACAUCAUUGAAAACAGAGCUUGAAAGUGAGAAAUCUGCUCUAGCCACCUUGAGGCAAAGAGAAGGAAUGGCAUCUAUCGCAGUUGCAUCACUUGAAGCUGAAGUGGAAAGAACUAGGUCAGAAAUAGCUGAAGUUCAAAUGAAAGAAAAAGAGGCCAGGGAAAUGAUAGUGGAGCUUCCUAAAAACUUACAGCAAGCUGCACAAGAAGCCGAUCAGGCCAAAUCAGUGGCUGAGGUGGCUCGUGAGGAGCUGCGCAAAACAAAAGAGGAAGCAGAGCAAGCAAAGGCUGGAGCUAGUACUAUGGAGAGUAGAUUGCUUGCUGCCCAGAAAGAGAUUGAGGCUGCAAAGGCUUCAGAAAAAUUGGCGUUGGCAGCAAUCAAGGCAUUACUAGAGAGCGAAUCAGCUAGAGAAACCAACAAUGCGGACUCUUCCGCAGGAGUUACACUCUCAGUAGAGGAGUAUUAUGAGCUUAGCAGGUGUGCUCAGGACGCAGAGGAACAAGCCCACCUCAGAGUGGCAGCUGCACUGUCUGAAAUUGAGGUAGCCAAGGAAUCAGAGUCGAAAAACUUGGAAAAGCUGGAAGAAGUAACGCAGGAGAUGGCUACCAGAAAGGAAGCACUGAAAAUUGCAAUGGAAAGGGCUGAGAAAGCCAAGGAAGGAAAGUUGGUUGUAGAACAGGAGUUACGAAAAUGGAGAGCCGAGCACGAACAACAAAGGAAGGCUGGUGACUCUAGCAUUGGAUUGAUGAACCCGAUUCGCAGUCCAAGGGCGAGUUUUGAGGGGAAGAAUGAACCAUCGAAUUCGAUGUCUGACGCCCUUGCUGAUCCCUCUAUUUCAACAAGCCCCAAGGAAAAUAUGCAAGUAAGCAGUUAUACAGCAUUGGAUUCGUUAUCAGAAGCCAAGGCCCCAAAGAAAAAGAAGAAGUCAUUUUUUCCUCGAAUUCUCAUGUUUCUGGCCAGAAAAAAGACGCAAUCAAACAAGUCAUAAGUCGUUUCGGGUACAGCCAUCUUAUUUACACUGUUGAUAUUUUCACCUCUCCUUUCGAGUUGGUUUUUCUCAUGGGGAGAUUAUAAGCGCUGAGUUGGAAGAAUUGCGAAAUUGUACAUUAUGGUGGUUAAUUCUUUUUUUGUAUGAUAAAAAAGGGGUAUUCGUGCGACCAAAAACCCUGCCAUCUGCUGCCGAUGGGAUUCAAAGAUGAAUAAGUUUCUACAGUUUGAUUCUUGGA